UUGAGCUUUGAGUUUUAUAUUCAGUAAAAGAUGGCAAUUUUCUUCAAACUUGGGUCUUUCUCUCUCAGCCUUCACACCUAUCGUCAAUACGACAGCAGCCAUGGGAGGAGGACCUGCAAUCUAGGGCUUCCCAUCCCCCAAUCCAAGAUGCUGCUGCUGCUGAUGAUGUUGAGAUUGUUAGAUUUGUGAGCACUUCUGUAGAGUGUUUUUUUCUUUUGUUAUUAUUGAGAUGGAGGGAGUGGAAGAAAUCCAUAGAGCUGCAAUUGAAAGCAGCCAGAGAGUUCUAGGCCUGCUUUCCCAUUCUGAUGAACAGCUGCAGUGUAGAAAUUUAUUGGCAGAAACUGGAGAGGCUGUUUCCAAAUUCAAGAAAAUGGUUUCCAUGCUUGGCAACACUGUUGGCCAUGCCAGAUUUAGGAGACUAAAGGAAUCACAAUCCUCUGUAGACAACCGUAAAAUCCUUUCAGACAACCCUGUGAUACCAAAACCAGAGCCUUCUUCCACUUCCACACCCCCUCAGCUCCUCCCUUCAACUGUGUUGGAUUCCUCUUCUAUGAUCCCUCAACAUGUUCCUAAAACUAUCUUUUUGGAGAAUCCAGUGUUGGAGAUGGAUCUUAUUAAUAAAAGUAGAAUUCAGCUUGGCUCAGAAGCACCCUCCAACCAGUUUCAGUUCCUACAGCAGCAGCAGCAGCAGCAGAAUAGCCAGAGGUUUCAGCUCCAACAGCAGCAGCAGCAGCAACAACAGCAACAACAGCAGCAGUUAAGGUUUCAAGCGGACAUGUAUAGGAGGAGCAACAGUGGCAUCAACCUCAAGUUUGACAGUUCCAGUUGUGCACCAUCCAUGUCAUCUGCUAGAUCCUUUGCCUCAUCACUGAGUAUGGAUAGGAGUGUGGCUAGCUUGGAUGGGAAACCAUUCCACUUAAUCGGUGGCUCUCAAAUGUCUGAUCCAGUGAACCUGCGGGCAACUCAUAAAAAGAGGUGCUCUGGCAGAGGGGAGGAUGGAAGUGGCAAAUGUGCCACCACUGGCAGAUGCCAUUGCUUGAAGAGGAGGAAGCUAAGAGUGAAGAGGUCCAUCAAAGUGCCUGCUAUUAGUAACAAGCUUGCAGAUAUCCCUCCUGAUGAGUAUUCAUGGAGGAAGUAUGGUCAAAAACCAAUCAAGGGUUCUCCCCAUCCUAGGGGAUACUACAAAUGUAGCAGCAUGAGAGGCUGCCCUGCAAGGAAGCAUGUCGAAAGGUGCUUGGAAGACCCCUCGAUGCUCAUAGUCACCUAUGAAGGAGAGCACAGCCACAACAGGUUAAUGAGUCAAUCUGCUCACACUUAAGCUGCUUUAGAGAUCAUUUGUUUGCAUCAGUUGUAAAUGUUGCUCCAUCUCUUGUCCUCAUUUUCUGAUCGAGAAAUGCAACGAUGAAGCAGUCGCCGUCAUGUUUAUUAUGAGCCAAUGGAAAACUUAUGAACCACCCAGAAAUUGCUAAUGCGAUCCACAUUUGAAGAUCUUAUCAGUCCUUGUCUGCAUCUGCAUCUGCAUCUGUCCUACAGUUGUGUUUUGUGAUUGAGAGCUGGUCAUUCAAACAUGGAAUUACAAAUCUGUGGAAUUUUGCCAUGUACUUGGAACUCAAAUGAUCCAAAAAUGUAAAGCUGACAUUGUGAGAGGAAUUGAAUGGGGGAUCUUAUGUAAAACUUGAAAACUGUAUGGUGGAAUCUGAAUUUCCUUGAGUCGUUGCUUCGUUUGUAUUCAA